GUCAUUGCGUACAAUCUAGCCUUUUGUGUUUAAAAAUGACAUAACCUCUCUAAAUGGUCACCUCUUAUAUUUUAUCACUUGCUAAAAAAAAAAAUGGUUAAAUGCGCCGUGAUUUUCAGAGGGGAAAAUGCUGUACGAAGUGUGCGUGCCGCGACCUCUUUAAUCCGUUAUUCCAUCGGAUGUUGACGCUUUUUGACAGUCACGCUACGAAGCCACACCACUGAGAGAGAGAGAGACAGGGACAGGGAGGAUGCUCAUUUGAGGCCUUUUCUAUGCGCACGAAUGCGCCGAGCGAUGCGCUCUUGCUUUGCAUUGUCUCCGUGCGUAUGGCGAGCCAGGUAAAAGCUUGAGUUAGCCUGUUAGUCGUUGCCUAGUUAGAAAAGUUGUCAUGACCGGUCAUUUGGCUCAUUUCGGAGUCAACUGUAACAACGUUCAGACAUGUGGAAUCAGCAGCAGCAGCCACGCAAGCAGGAAAAGGACAAACGCCGAAGUUCCAUUUGGCAAAUUGUGGCUUUUUUCGAGUGUCGAAAAGAUGAUAAAAAAAGCGGCCGAAUGAUUCCCGAACCGGACUACAAUGAGGACGACAGACCAAACUACCGACGAAUUUACAACAAUUUCAACAACAACAACAUCAACGAAAAUAUGAAGGAACGCUUGGGCGGCGGUGGCGUCGUCAUGGACAAGGAGGGCCUGGUGGUUCCACGAAAGCCCCCCAAUCCUUGCAUCGCCUCGAUGGAACGUCGUGACCUGCACCGUGAACUCGCGUUCCACCAGAAAACAGGAAAAGCUGUACUGAAUCAGAAAAGUGAACUGCAACGAGCCUUGCAGAAACAGCGAGAAGUGCAGAGCAGGAAAGAAGUUGAAAAGGAACGUUUGUCUACGCGUUCAGCUCUGGAAAUCACGCUGGAAAAGCGUGCUCAACGUCUUGAAGAGCUGGAGCGCGGUUUCACCACGAACGAGUCUAAGCAGCAGCCAAUGUCACCAGAAUCCAACAACGAGUUUCUGCGGAUGCACGCCAAACUGCGGGGACGGGUAGAACGUACCGCAGCCAUGCCUUGAGCGAUUCGUGCGGGUCAUUAAGGGAAUAAACAAAAAAAGACGAAGAAAUAAGACUAGCAAACUGGAAAAUUUCGUUUUAACCCCUCCACAUGCUACCCGGAGAGGAUAAAUUAUAUAAGAGAAAAGGAUGAAGAAGUUCGAAGUUCAUUUUUAAUCGAUAAGGCUUGAUCGUGUAAAAAUCUGAAAGUCACCCGUAAUUCAUAUUGCAAUCGUAUUUCAUUUCAAACCUCUUAAUAUUUCCCCCUCCCUAUUGUCUCUAUUUCUUUUCCUUUUCUUUUUUUAAGUUCUCCAGUCCUCUUUAAUUUCGAUCUUUUUUUUUCGGUGUAAUCUCGUUCGUGUAAUUUCCACAAGUCUCCGUUGUGUGAGUGAUCUUGCAAUUGAUGUGAAGUUUACUUGUUCUCUUUGGAAUUCUGUUCUAGCUUUACAAUGUUGUCAGCUAGCGAUCAGAAUGAAAACUUGACUGUGACCUAUUGCAUAUUCAUAUCUAAUUUACCCUUGUCGCUUUUUCGUUACGCUCGAUGUCGACGCAGUCUGCUUUCACGCAUGACUACGGUAUACCGAUCAUAAUGUUGUACAUCAUUUUCAUUUCAGUUCAGUUUUUUAUGUAUAAUACACAAUCACAAUGAA